AUGAGUGUGUCCUGGGCAGAGGUGGGGAGCAUCGGGCACAAUGGGAGGAAGAGCGUUUGGAUUUAUAUCCACUUCUCUGUGGUUAGUUCGUGCUGCGCCUCAGGCUUCAACCCAACUCUGAUCCCUCAGGUCAGCUACGCAUCCACGGCUCCAGAACUUAGCGAUGACCGACGUUACGACUUCUUCUCCAGAGUGGUGCCUCCCGACAGCUUCCAGGCCCAGGCCAUGGUCGACAUCGUCAAAGCCAUGGGCUGGAACUAUGUCUCCACCGUGGCGUCGGAGGGCAGCUAUGGCGAGAAGGGAGUGGACGCCUUCAUGCAGCUGUCCAGAGAAGCAGAAGGAAUCUGUAUCGCACAGUCUCUGAAGAUCCCACACGACCGCAAACCAUUGUACUUUGAUAAAGUCAUACGUCUUCUGCUGGAGACUCGAUACGCCAGAGCAGUGAUCCUGUUCGCCUCCGACGAGGACAUCAGGGGCGUCUUGAAUGCCAGCAAAAGAGCAGAGCAGGUGGGACAUUUCCUGUGGAUCGGCUCGGACAGCUGGGGCGCCAAAAACAGUCCCAUUUACCAACUGGAGGAGGCUGCAGUGGGAGCGGUUACCAUCCUGCCCAAGAGAGCCACCAUCAACGGUUUCGAUGCCUACUUCACCUCCAGGACCUUGGAGAAUAACAGACGGAAUGUGUGGUUUGCAGAAUACUGGGAGGAAAACUUCAACUGCAAACUGAUGAGCUCGUCCAAGAAGGAGGACACCAGCAGGAAGUGCACAGGUCAGGAGCGAAUAGGAAUUGACUCCAAGUACGAGCAGGAGGGAAAGGUGCAGUUUGUGAUCGAUGCGGUCUACGCCAUGGCUCACGCCCUCCACAACAUGCAGAAAGACCUUUGCUCGGAGAACUCUGGAUACUGCCCCGACAUGGAGCUCGCAGGGGGCAAGAAGUUGCUCAAAUACAUCCGCAGUGUCAGCUUCAACGGAAGCGCUGGGACUUCAGUGACCUUCAACAAAAACGGCGACGCUCCAGGAAGAUACGACCUGUUCCAGUAUCAGUGGAACAACAUCACGGGACAUGGAUACAGGAUGAUCGGACAGUGGACUGAGUCUCUGCAGCUCGCAACGGAGGACAUGCAGUGGCCGGGCGGAGAGCAGGACAUCCCCAUCUCGGUGUGCAGCCUUCCCUGUAAGGCCAACGAGAGGAAGAAGAUCGUCAAAGGAAUGCCAUGCUGCUGGCACUGCGAGGCCUGCGAAGGAUACCAGUACAAGACGGACGAUUUCAGCUGCAAACUGUGCCCCUACCACAUGAGACCCAGCCGCAACCACUCGUCCUGCCAACCCAUCCCCAUCGUGAAGCUGGAGUGGCACUCGGCCUGGGCUGUGAUCCCGGUGUUCCUGGCCAUGCUGGGAAUCAUUGCCACCAUCGGAGUCAUGGCCACGUUCAUCAAAUACAACGACACUCCCAUUGUCAGGGCGUCAGGAAGAGAGUUGAGCUAUGUCCUCCUCACUGGCAUCUUCUUUUGCUACAUCAUUACUUUCCUCAUGAUUGCCAAGCCAGACGGCGGCGUUUGCUCCUUCAGACGGAUUUUUCUGGGUUUGGGGAUGUGCAUCAGCUAUGCGGCGCUGCUCACCAAAACCAACCGCAUUUAUCGCAUUUUUGAGCAGGGGAAGAAGUCAGUGACUGCGCCCAAACUCAUCAGCCCGACAUCACAGCUCUGCAUAACCUCCAGCCUCAUCUUUGUGCAGCUGCUGGGGGUUUUAAUCUGGUUAGUAGUGGAUCCUCCCGAAUCAAUCAUUGACUACGAGGAGCAGAGGACCAUCAAUCCAGACCUGGCGCGAGGCGUGUUGAAAUGCAACAUCACAGAUCUACAGAUCAUCUGUUCGUUGGGAUAUAGUAUUUUAUUGAUGGUCACAUGCACUGUCUACGCCAUAAAGACCAGAGGAGUACCGGAAAACUUUAACGAGGCAAAACCCAUCGGGUUCACCAUGUACACCACAUGCAUCGUGUGGCUGGCCUUUAUCCCCAUCUUCUUUGGCACAGCGCAGUCUGCGGAGAAGCCUGAGUCGUUCUGGAGUCUGUCUUUGGUGUUCGUCCUCUGCUUUGGAGAGAUGGAUUGGACCAAAGUCUCCGUGAUGGACUGGUGUCCUCUCCAAGGGCAGGCAAUUGUCCGACUGCUCCCAGCCACAGCCACAGAUAAUCCCGUGGCCUGA